AGCGGUGUUGUUGUUCUUCAUCUAGUAGAUCCAUUACGGCGCGGAUUAAUGAGGAAGGAUGUCCAGUGGUUGCAAGUGGGGCAGAAUAGAGCAGAAAGUGAGUAUCGGUCGACGCCGACACUUCGGGACGCGGUAGUAGUUAGUUCAUAGUAGUAAUACCAUCCAGUCCAGUCUUCGGGUUCUCCCAGACCAAAGCGAAAGACGACCAGACCAGCGAAAGAAGUGGUUGGAGCAGAGACUUUACGAAGAGCGCUCAGUUUAACACCAGACUACCGCAAGAGACAGAUCGCAAAAGACCGGAUACGGAAGUCGACUAGAUCUAAAUCUGCAAUUACUUACACGAACGACGAUAAUAGAGAGUGUGCAUUAAACAGUUCUCAAUCUCUCUCCCAUAAUAUUACAUUACAAAUUUGUUACUAUUACUAGUAUCACUUUUUACAAAUAACAUUCGGACAAAAAAAAGUGUGUGCAUAAUUCAGUGAUCGCAAUUUCGGAUUUGGAAUUUAUAUAACUAUUCAAUUUGACCAAAUAAAAAGAUGGGUAUUAAAUGUAUAGACGCGAUGCUGAACAGAGCCUUCUUCCGGUUGGGCCUCAUCGUCGGACGGCAUCCGGGAUACUUCCUCAUCGUGCCGCUCCUCCUCACCAUGUUCUUCGUCACCGGCUUUCAGAGGGUCAAGUACAACAUCGACCCAGAGUACCUCUUCAGUCCGGUCAACGGCGAAGGAAAAUUAGAGAGAUCCGUUGCCGAAUCCUACUUCAAAGUUAACUACAGCAGUCGCUUCAACGUUGCCAGAAUCACAAGAGCAGGACGUUUUGGAAGAGUAAUUGUGACAGCAAAAGAUGGUAUUGAAAACAUCUUGCGACAAGAGGUGUGGCAGGAACUGCGCAUCCUGGACGACAUGAUACAAAAUACUACUGUCCUCUACGACGACGAUUAUUUCACCUACAAAGAUAUCUGCGCCAAAUGGAACAACGAAUGCUUUCAGAACGACAUUCUUAAUCUGGACCGAAUCUUGGAUGAUGUCGAAUCUGGAAACUUGAAUCUAACGUUUCCAUUGAUGUUCAAUCCGGUCACCUGGGACGCCCACGCUUUUCCGGUCUUCUUCGGCGGCACCACAGUAAGAGAUGGCAUCAUCAUCAGCGUACCAUCAGUGCAACUGGUUUACUUCGCCAAUGCGGACAGCAAGAAGUACGAUAAAAGAGGUGCUGCAUGGGAAGACAUGUUUUUGGAUAGAGUCGGAGAUGCGCAGGAUAACGGAUUGUUUAAGCACAUCAGGAUCGCAAGAUUCGCCUCCAGGACUCUCGACAAGGAGUUGGAGAAGAAUACGAAUUCGGUGAUACCAUACUUCACCUCGACUUUCCUCAUUAUGGCUAUAUUCUCCAUAGUGACCUGCAUGAUGACGGAUUGGGUCAGAUCGAAACCGUGGUUGGGACUUUUGGGAAAUUUGAGUGCUUCAAUGGCGACGCUUUCGGCCUUCGGUCUGUGCAUCUACAUGGGCAUAGAUUUCAUCGGCAUUAAUCUGGCUGCUCCUUUCUUGAUGAUCGGUAUCGGUAUUGAUGACACUUUCGUAAUGCUCGCCGCUUGGCGAAGGACGUCCAUCAAGUUGAGCGUUCCAGAAAGGAUGGCCCACAUGCUUAGCGAAGCGGCCGUCUCGAUCACCAUCACCUCCAUCACGGAUAUGGUCAGCUUCUUCAUCGGAAUCUUCAGUCCGUUUCCUUCCGUCACCAUAUUCUGCAUAUAUUCAGGUGUCGCAACUUUAUUCACCUUCGUCUGGCACCUGACAUUCUUCACAGCGUGCGUUGCGAUCUCCGGAUAUUGCGAGCAGAAGAACUUGCACUCCGUGGUCUGCAUCAAAGUCCAGCCAGUGUCUAAAUCUAAAAAUAGAUCUUGGUUGUACAGGGUGAUGUGCAGCGGAGGCGUCGAUCCGGACGACAUCAACAACCCCGAGGACAACAAGGAGCACGCGAUGAUGGCCUUCUUCCGCGAUUACUUUGCCAAAUUCCUGAACAACUCCUUCGUGAAAGUCGUCGUCAUCUUGGUCUUCGGCGCUUACCUUCUCGGCGCCGGCUACGGCAUCACCCAGAUCGAAGAGGGAUUAGAAAGGAGAAAGGUUGCGAAAUCCGACUCGUACGCCAUCGAGUUCUUCGACAGGGAAGACGAUUAUUUCCGAGAGUUUCCCUACAGGGUGCAAGUUAUUAUUAGCGGAGAACACAACUACUCUGAUCCGUACGUCCAAUGGCAAGUGGAGAACCUAACGCAAACCUUCGAAAACACCUCGUACGUCUCGAGUACUUUAUACACGGAAUCCUGGCUGAGGAGUUUCGUGCAAUACGCGGAUAGAAACGCUGAUUAUCUCAACAUUUCCACUUCAGACGAAGACAGCUUUAUUUCGGCCCUUAAAGAAUAUUGGCUAAACGACGGUAGUCCAUUCUCUUUGGACGUUAAAUUCAACGACGACGGUACCAGAAUUGUCGGGAUGAGAUUCUUGAUACAAGCUGUGAACAUCUCCGGUACCGAACACGAAAAGGAAAUGGUGCGAGCAUUGAGAAGAAUCUGCGCGGAAUCUUCACUCAACGCUACAGUUUUCCAUCCAUACUUCGUUUUCUUUGAUCAAUUCGAAUUGGUGCGACCCAUGUCUUUGCAGAACAUGGUUAUAGGAGCUAUAGUCAUGAUGAUAAUCUCGUUCCUCUUCAUACCGAACGUUCUCUGCUCGCUGUGGGUGGCAUUCAGUAUAAUAUCUAUAGAAACCGGAGUUAUUGGCUACAUGGCUUUGUGGCACGUCAAUCUCGAUUCGAUAUCGAUGAUUAACUUGAUCAUGUGUAUAGGAUUCAGCGUUGAUUUCACUGCGCACAUCUGCUACGCUUACAUGUCUUCAACAGCGAAAAGACCAGAUGAGAGAGUCCGCGAAAGCCUUUACGCUCUCGGAUUGCCGAUUUUCCAGGGAGCUGUCAGCACAAUCUUGGGAAUGGUGGCUUUGCUCUUAGCCGACAAUUACAUCUUUUUGGUCUUCUUCAAGAUGGUGUUCCUAGUGGUGUUCUGCGGAGCCAUGCACGGUCUCUUCUUACUACCUGUGCUGUUAUCGCUCUUCGGGCCAGGAUCUUGCACGAAUUGGGACGAAGAGGAGAACGUUAAGAUGUCGGCUAUAGAGAAGUCUUUACCACAUCCUUACUGCAUUCCGCAUCCUCAAUUCACUCUGAACUCGAGCAUUCAGAACACGUACAUGGGGUUCGACAAGAACAAGAAACCGUUUAAAGGUUACGACAUCGAUAAAGAUUUGGGAUUGGGAACAUCCGAAGAGAAUUCAAGCGAGUCCGGUUCGAACAAUUCGAAGGAGAAGCAGAGUUUGGAGGACGAAAUGACUGAAAGAAAGUAUAAAGAGAGGUGGAGGAGGAGCAGCGCUUCCGAUUAUCCCAGAAGCGAAUUCCAUGCUUCUCAAGUCUUGGACAUCUAUGGUAACGAAUCCGAACGCGACUGGUUUAGGAAGAAGGAAAGGUUCGAGGAGAACAAACGACGAUUCAACGAUCAACCUAAAGUUGUCAUCGAAUCCUCCAGAAGCAUGGAUAACAAGAGGCACAGGAGACGGUACACUCCACCCGAGCACAGCUACAACAGGAAUCGCGAACUGACGAGAUCCUCUUCGCAUCACAACCUUCAGCAGCCGAGGUAUAUACAGGAGCUGAGGUUUCCCUAGUGCAUUCAGAGUGCCUUAAGAGAAAAUAAUAUUUAUUUUAACAUAACUGACAUUUUCUACUAAAGUCAGGUACUUAAAAAGAAAACAAAGAAAGCCUACUCCUCGUGUGUUAAAAUAAAUGUGAUAUCGAUUUAAUUAUUAUAUUUUUGUUUUUUGGUGAAAGUUGAGUGUCUUGUCCAGAAAGGGAUAUUAUCCACGAUAGAUGUUUGUGCCCUUUGCCCACCUUCAUUAGCUAUACUUAUUUGUUUUCUGGAAGAUAUUUCUAUACAUAAUAAUGUAAAUAUGUUGUUUUUUUUUACGAUUGACUGAAAAGCAUCCCUCUUUUGUGCAUACGUUAGUUUAAUGCAAUAAUUUUAGAUAGCACCCAUUCAAGAUUAUUGCUCAAAUAUUAUUAUUAGAUAUGUAUUUUUUUUUUGUUGUG